AUGCGCUUCUCCACCUCUGCCGUCGCUCUUGCCACCAUCAGCUUCGCCUCUGCUCUACCAAUGAACACGGACUCUUCUACUCUUACCAACUGCAUUACACCAUUCAGCAAUCCUACAUGCUCAAACAUUAUUAAGCCUGAGGCCACUUCCUUGUACGAGGUCUGGACAGGCGCAGUCCAACACAACAAGAUCAACGGCAAGAUCUCCAAGGAUGGCAAGACCACCGACAUCACUACCCUUCUUACCUUCAAAUUCCCUCCUGAGUCUGCGGGCAAGACGUGUAGCUUCCACUUUGACCUUGCUUCUGAUGCAUCAGCAAAGGUCUCCGGUACAGGACAGUUUGAUGUGUUUACCUCUCUUGCUCCUGCUACUGGCAGCACAUCUUCCUGGCCUUCGGGUAACCUGAGGGACCAGCAUUACGGUCGCAUGACUGCGAAGCACGGUGGCGCAGCAACUUGGGUAUCCGGGUUCCCUACUUUCGGUCAGGGCUUUCCUUGUCCGGCUGGGAACACAUACGGUGGAGAGUUAGUGGGCGUAGGCGAUGCUGAUUUUAUCGAGUGGGUCGCUGGAACAUCAGGAGCAUAUAUUCAAUUCUAG